GCAAACGCUUAUGUACUUCGCCGCCGUCUCUGAAAUAAAGUUCGACGGCCUCUACGGCUCUACCAGCUCCCCAAACCCUAGCCAUGGCGAACUCGAGAUUGAGGUUUCUCCUCCCCCUCCUUCUCGUGGCUAUUCUCUUCGCCACGCCGGCGAUCGGGAGCUCCGACGCGCCCUUCAUGGUGGCGCACAAGAAGGUCAGCUUUGCCCGGCUCAAGACCGGCGUGGAACGCGUCUCCGUCUCGAUCGACCUCUACAACGAAGGAUCCACGACUGCUUAUGAUGUGAGCCUUAGUGAUGAUAGUUGGUCUCAAGAUAUGUUCGAACUUGUCUCUGGCGACAUAUCAAAGACAUGGGAAAGGCUUGAUGCUGGUUCCACUGCCUCUCAUUCAUUUAUUUUGGAGUCAAAAGUGAAGGGCAUGUUCCAUGGUUCUCCCGCUGUCAUCAAAUUUCGUGUACCCACAAAGGCUGCAAUGCAGGAGGCUUAUUCUACCCCCAUUCUGCCACUAGACAUUCUUGCUGACAGGCCUCCUGAAAAGAAGUUUGAAUGGGCAAAGAGGCUUCUGGCUAAAUAUGGAUCACUUGUGUCAGUUCUGUUGUUGGUGAUAAUGUUCAUUUAUGUGAUUGCAACACCAUCAAAAUCCAGUGCUGCAAAAGCAAGCAAGAAGAGGCGCUGAUUAAAAAAUCUGGUCUUUUUGGUCAGUUUUGUUUAGAGAUGCCUUCAGAAACUGGAAAUUAUACUUGGAGAUGAGAUUUUUCAUCCUACUUUAACAUUGUCUUGUUUAAUUACUAGGACCAGCAGGAAACAGUAACAGUUUAGCAUGGUCUAUGUAUUUCAGUUAUAGAUUUUCAACAUAAUUUAAAGAAUAGAGAGUUUUUAACCGCAAUAAGUUUUGAAAUUUAAAAGUUAAAUACAGCAAGCUUUUCAACUACUAGUUUCCUAUAAAUGAAGGGAAGAAUUGAUUCAUUAAUAAAAUAAGUUGGUUAAGCCUGA